CGAGUUCACGUAUAUCAAUUCAGUCGACUUGCAAUAGUGUAGACAAAGAAUAUCACAAUAUUUGAUAUCUUUUAGUGCAUUUUUCCAAUAGAAACCAUAAUGUCUGAAUAUAACCCAGAUCCUGAAUUAUCUGAAAUUUUAACCAAAUUAUGGGAAAUGGAUGAAAAUAAAUGUUAUCCUGGUAAAGAUUAUGAAAUAGAAUUACAAGGCUUUGUCAAAUCUACCAGAGAUACAAGCAGAGAUUUUUCAAGAGAAAAUUUGAUACAAAAUUUAGAUGAAGAAGAUAUUUUUUCCAGACCAACUUAUAAAGCAUUCAGAGCUUUACUGGAUAAUUAUGAAAUGGACUGUAGUGAACAAGAAAAUAUCACAUGGGAAGAGAAACAGGAAAAUUAUGAGUUUUUAAAUGCUAUAUUAGAUACAGAUGUUAUGAAAACAGCUCAUCAAUAUUUAGUAGAGAAGGGUAAAGCAUCCAGUGAUGUUGGAGACUUUAAAAAAAAAUUGCACGACAUCUGGUUUAGGAUGUUUAGAAGGAGAGGUUGCAGGGGUAAUGAUUCAAGCAGUUUUGAACAUGUAUUUGUUGGUGAAGGUAGAGAAGAUUCUAUGAUAGGUCUACAUAAUUGGAUUCAAUUUUAUUUACAAGAGAAAGCUGGCCAUAUUAACUACAAUGGCUACUUCAGAAGAGAAACUGUUAAAGACGAUGAAUAUCCACGAUUGAUAGCCCUACAGUUUACAUAUAAAGGUGAAAAAGCUAAGCCAAUGUGUAGCUGUUUCUUGGGAACCAGUCCUGAGUUCGAGAUAGCUGCCUAUACUGUUGGCUUAUUGAUGGGCUAUAAUGGUACCACAGAUUGUCAAAUUGGUGAAUAUGAAACCGAAGUCACCAUUUAUUCCUUUGGAGGAUAUCAUAAGAAACUAAGCACUGCUUACAUCACUGCUGCUAGGAUGUAA